AUGACUAAGGUUCUUCUCACAGGUGGCUCAGGCUUCAUUGCCGCCCACAUCCUCGAACAACUCCUCGCCAAAAACCACACUGUCAUCACCACCGUCCGCACCGAGGAAAAAGCAGAAAAGAUCCGCGCCGCCCACCCAGACAGCGUCCAGCAGAACCGCCUCACCGUCGUCACCGUCGGCGACAUUGCCCAGCCCAGCGCCUUUGACGAGGUCAUCGCCGCGCACGCCGACGGGCUCGAGGUCGUGCUCCACACCGCCAGCCCCUUUCACUACAAGUGGACGGACGCCCAGAAGGAGCUCAUCGACCCUGCGCUUAACGGUACUCGUGGUAUUCUUGAGGCUAUUCACCGCGAUGCGAAGUCUGUUAAGAGGGUUGUUAUUACGUCGUCUUUUGCUGCGGUUCUUUCGGAGGAGAGGCUGUUUGAUCCUAAUACGACUUUCACUGAGGAGUCGUGGAACCCAGAUGGCGUCGAGGACGUUCACCGGUCGCCACCUACCGCUUACCGCGUCUCCAAGACGGCUGCCGAGCGUCUCGCUUGGGACUUUGUUGCUCGCGAGAAGCCCUCUUUCGACCUCGUCACGGUGAACCCGCCCGUUGUCUUCGGACCCGUGGCUCACAGCUUAGCCUCGCUGGACUCAAUCAACACAUCCAACGAGCGUAUCGUCGCUCUUCUCCGCGGUCAAUGGAAAGAAAAAAUCGGCGACACCGGCCCCGUCGGCCUAUGGAUCGAUGUUCGUGAUGCCGCAGCCGCCCAUAUCAAGGCGUUCGAGAUCCCCGAGGCUGGAGGCCGUCGUCUCUUCACCGUCGCAGGCAGGACGUGUAACCAAGAAGUUGCCAGGAUCGUCCGCGAGGGCUUCCCUGAGUACGCUGACAGAUUGCCCGGACCGGAGGUGCCUGGUGGAGAGCCUUUUGAUGAGACGAAGUCGUUCAAGUAUAACAACGAUGCGACGUACAAGUUGUUGGGGAUCGAGUGGAUUCCUAUUGAGAAGAGUGUAUCUGACACUGUCCGCUCACUCAAGGCCUACGGCAUCUAG